CCUAUGAUCUCAUCAAGACAAUGAAGCAGGGAGGAUCACUGGUUCAAAGCCAGCCUGAGAGACUUAGCAAGAUAGAUCCUAUCAAAAUAAAAUGAAAAAGGGGUUGGGACAGAGCUCAGUGGCUGGCAGAAGGAAGACUGAGAUAGCAUGUGGAAGGCCCUGGGUUCAAUUCUCAGUAUCACACACACACACACACACACACACACACACACACACACACACGCACAUACACACUUCAUAGUUUAGAUUUCCUUUAGGAACCCUGAGCACAUUUAUGAUGAUAACAACAUGAAGAAAUUUUCUGAAGAAAGUAUUCAGUACUAGAGGAAAAGUGUUCUAUAUAGUAAUCAGAGAAUAGAAGCAAGACCUAUACUAAAGACAACAAUGUAAUUUUAAAAGAGGCACUUCUGUAUUUUGAAAUUUCUUUUUAUUUUUUGUCUUUUCCUUUAAAGGAACAGCCAGCUGAAAACUCUCCUGGCCAUUGGAGGCUGGAACUUUGGAACUGCCCUUUUCUCCACCAUGGUUUCCACUCCUGAGAACCACCAGACUUUCAUUACAUCGGUCAUCCCAUUCCUGCGGCAGUACGGGUUUGACGGGCUGGACUUGGACUGGAAGUUCCCUGGAUCUUGUGGAAGCCCCCCUCAAGAUAAGCAUCUCUUCACGGUCCUGGUGCAGGAAAUUCGUGAAGCUUUUGAGGAAGAGGCCAAGAAGAACAAUAAGUCCAGGCUGUUGAUCACUGCUGCAGUUGCAGAUGGCAUAUCCACCAUUGAAUCUGGCUAUGAGAUAUCAAAUAUCUCUCAGUACCUGGACUACAUCCAUGUCAUAACCUACAAUCUCCAUGGCCCCUGGGAUGGCCGCACUGGACAUAACAACCCCCUCUACAAAUACGGCACUGAAACUGGCUACAGUUUCUACCUCAAUGUGGAUUAUGUCAUGAAGUACUGGAGGGACAAUGGGGCCUCAGCUGAAAAGCUCAUCGUUGGAUUCCCAACUUAUGGACGCAACUUCCUUCUGAGAAACCCUUCUGACAAUGGAAUUGGUGCCCCUACUUCUGGUGCUGGCCCUGCUGGGCCCUACACCAGGGAUAUUGGGUUCAAGUCCUACUAUGAGAUCUGCAAAUUUCUGAAAAAUGGGGCCACUCAAGAAUGGGAUGCCCUUCAAGAGGUGCCCUAUGCCUAUCAGGGCAAUGACUGGAUUAGCUAUGACAACAUCAAGAGCUUCAAUAUCAAGGCUCAGUGGCUUAAGCAGAACAAAUUUGGAGGUGCCAUGGUCUGGGCCAUUGACCUAGAAAUUCGUGAAGCUUUUGAGGAAGAGGCCAAGAAGAACAAUAAGUCCAGGCUGUUGAUCACUGCUGCAGUUGCAGAUGGCAUAUCCACCAUUGAAUCUGGCUAUGAGAUAUCAAAUAUCUCUCAGUACCUGGACUACAUCCAUGUCAUAACCUACAAUCUCCAUGGCCCCUGGGAUGGCCGCACUGGACAUAACAACCCCCUCUACAAAUACGGCACUGAAACUGGCUACAGUUUCUACCUCAAUGUGGAUUAUGUCAUGAAGUACUGGAGGGACAAUGGGGCCUCAGCUGAAAAGCUCAUCGUUGGAUUCCCAACUUAUGGACGCAACUUCCUUCUGAGAAACCCUUCCGACAAUGGAAUUGGUGCCCCUACUUCUGGUGCUGGCCCUGCUGGGCCCUACACCAGGGAGGCUGGGUUCUGGGCCUACUAUGAGAUCUGUACCUUUCUGAAAAAUGGAGCCACUCAAGAAUGGGAUGCCCCUCAAGACGUGCCCUAUGCCUAUCAGGGCAAUGACUGGAUUGGCUAUGACAACAUCAAGAGCUUCAAUAUCAAGGCUCAGUGGCUUAAGCAGAACAAAUUUGGAGGUGCCAUGGUCUGGGCCAUUGACCUAGAUGAUUUCACUGGCACUUUCUGCGACCAGGGCAAGUUCCCCCUGAUCUCCACCCUGAAGGAAGACCUGGGCCUGCAGAGUGACAGUAAGUGACAGCAGGGGGUACCUGGGUGUAUGAAUUUUCCUAACUCAGAAGUCAGCCUUGCCAUCUGCCCACUAAGUGCACAGGGAGACUUCCCAUUUCCUUACACUGUUCUUGCCCAAGUAAGAGACAGGUGCGGGCAUCCUUUCCCAAGACCUGAACUUCCACAUCAAGAAUUUUAUUCUCAUGUGGAAAACAAGCCCAACCUGGGUUGUUCUUUACACUGCUAAGUCUUAAGGUUGUGCGAGAACCCACGGAAAUUAUACUGAUCUUCAGAGUAAAAACCUGCCUCUACAAUCCUUUCUUCAAAGUCUUUCAACCCACCUGGAGAGAUCCAACAAGAACUCCUCUCUACUUCUCUCCUGUCUCCAAUCUGUCAUUGAGGGGACACACCAGCUCUCUAAAUUGUUACCAGGUUUUCUCUUAGAGCUUACUUGUUCACCACUUGUACCCUCAUCCUAAAA